GUGCCAGCCAGCAAACCACAACAACGAACGGUAAUGAGCAGCGAACAACAACACCACCACCACCACCACGAUGAAGCUGGAGGUGAGGGGGGUGAUGAUGUGUUGAGCAAAUGGGCGCACAACAUGGUUGAGGUGAUGGACAAGAACUCUUUGCGUGUACUAGAUCUAUUUCGACAGUACGACCGGGAUGAUGACGGCAUCAUCACACGCAAGGAGUUCCGGGACACGAUGAAAAGCAUCAAGUUGCCUCUGAGCAAACCAGAGCUGAAAGCCGUCAUCCACGCCUUGGACGAGAAUCACGACGACAAGAUCAACUACAAGGAGUUUAGUACGAUCCUCAACAAGUACCGAAAGCCAAAACAUAAGCAGAGCCGUGGCGGUGGUGGUGGCAUGUUUGCGUCCUUGAAGAACAAAGUUGCUGCAGCCACAUCCACUCCAGCGUCAGAGACCCAAAAGGAAACUUCCUCCGCAGACACAGCACAGCAGCGGCAAGGGCCGGACACUGAUGCGGGCAGUGGCCAGAGCGAAGAAGUGCAGCACUUGAGACAACAGAUCAAGGACCUCGAACAAGCGCUCGAGCUGGAUGCGCAAGCCAAGCAGCAGCUCAAUCAAGUCUACCAGGCGCAGCUGGCGGAGAAGGAGGACGAACUCCAGGUGCUGCGGUCAAAAGUGGCCGCGCUGCAGAUCUCACUCACGGAAGCAGAGGACACACACACGCGUGCGCACACAACCACGGACGGGGCGCAUGCACGGGCUGCUGGUGACGCUGGUGGUGGCGACGGUGACGCGAUGGGCGAUGCGGGGCAGAGGGUGCGGGAGCUGGAGACAUUGCUGCAACAACGCGAGGCAGAGAUUGUGCAAGGAAAGCAGGCGUACGAAAAGCUGAAGGAGAAAGCAAAGCAGUUGCUUGCAAGCAACAAGCAGCUUAAGGCCCGUCAGGCAGCCGUGGAGGAGGAGAGGAAGAACAAAGACGACGACGCGACGCAGGAAGCCAACGCACGCAUCGCUGAGCUUGAGCAACAGCUGAAUGAGGUGAGCGAGAGCAGGACCCAGCUUGAGCAACAGCUGAAUGAGGUGAGCGAGAGCCAGGAAGGCGCGACGCAGGAAGCCAACGCACGCAUCGCUGAGCUUGAGCAACAACAACAGCUGGAUGACGAUCACCGAGCAGCCAUGAGCUGA